GAGCACAGAGUGGCUGCUGUGAUGGAGAGUCUCAAGACUGAUACUGACAUGUCCUAUCCUGAGUUAACAGUAGAUGUGGGCAGAGUGAUUUUUGGAGAAGAAAACAGAAAGAAGAUGACCAAUAGCUGUUUGAAAAGAUCUGAGAAUUCUAGAAUUAUCCGGGCUAUAUGUGCGCUUUUAAAUUCUGGCGGUGGUGUGAUCAAAGCAGAGAUUUAUGAUAAAACCUAUAGUUACCAAUGCCAUGGGCUGGGACAGGAUUUGGAAACUUCUUUUCAAAAACUCCUUCCUUCAGGUUCACAGAAAUACCUUGACUACAUGCAGCAGGGGCACAAUCUCCUGAUUUUUGUGAAGUCAUGGAGCCCAGAUGUUUUCAGCCUUCCACUGAGGAUUUGCAGCUUGCGCUCCAAUUUAUAUCAGAGAGAUGUGACUUCUGCUAUCAACUUGAGUGCUAGCAGUGCCCUGGAGCUUCUCAGAGAGAAGGAGUUUAGAGCCCAAAGAGGAAGACCAAGGGUGAAGAAGUUGCCUCCUCAGCGGGUUCUCGAUAGAUGCAUUCAGGAAGAGGAAGAUAUGAGAAUACUUGCCUCAGAAUUUUUUGAAAAGGACAAACUUAUGUAUAAGGAGAAACUCAACUUUACUGAGUCAACACAUGUUGAAUUUAAAAGGUUCACCACCAAAAAGAUCGUACCUCGGAUUAAAGAAAUGCUACCUCAUUAUGUUUCUGCAUUUGCCAACACUCAAGGGGGAUACAUUCUCAUUGGGGUGGAUGAUAAGAGCAAAGAAGUGGUUGGAUGUAAGUGGGAAAAAGUGAACCCUGACUUACUAAAAAAAGAAAUUGAAAACUGCAUCGCAAAAUUGCCUACAUUCCACUUCUGCCAUGAGAAGCCAAAGGUAAAUUUCACCACAAAAAUCCUGAACGUGUACCAAAAAGAUGUCCUGGAUGGUUAUGUCUGUGUGAUUCAAGUGGAGCCCUUCUGUUGCGUGGUGUUUGCGGAGGCCCCAGAUUCCUGGGUCAUGAAAGACAAUUCUGUCACACGGCUGACAGCUGAGGAGUGGGUGGUCACGAUGCUGGGUACUCAGCCAGCUCCUUCCAGUUUGGUCACAGGCUACAACUCUUACCUGAUUUCAUCAGCUUCAUCUGAACGGAAAAGCCCUGGAUAUUCCAUAAAAGUCUAUGAAUUUAAGGAGGCUCUGCAACGACGUUUAUUUCCAGUGACACAGGAAGAGGUACAAUUUAAACCAGAAUCCCUCUGUAAGAAGCUGUUCUCAGAUCAUAAAGAGCUGGAGGGAUUAAUGAAGACCCUGAUACAUCCUUGUUCUCAGGGAACUGUGAUAUUUUCUAGAAGCUGGGCUGGUGAUGUUGGCUUCAGAAAAGAACAGAAUGUCCUGUGCGAUGCUCUCCUAAUAGCAGUUAACAGCCCCCUGGUACUGUAUACAAUCUUAAUAGACCCCAAUUGGCUUGGAGGACAUGAAUAUGCCCGAAACACAGCUCAUCAGUUAAAGCAGAAACUGCAAACUGUUGGUGGUUACGCAGGGAAAGUGUGCAUCAUUCCAAGGGUGAUACACCUGGCUAGCACACAGAGUAGACCUGGUAAGAUCCCACUGUGCUACCCGAGGUCCUACAGGCUUGCUGAUGAGGAGGAAAUGGAAGACUUGCUGCAGGCUCUCGUGGUGGUCUCCCUGUGCUCCAGAUCUCUUCUGAGCGACCAGCUGGGCUGUGAGUUUUUCAACUUGCUCAUAAUGGAGCAGAGCCAGUUGCUUUCUGAGAGCCUUCAAGAGACACGUGAAUUAUUUAUCAACUGCUUUCCAGGAACCAGGAAGACAGCUCUAGCCAUACAAAUCAUGGGGAAAAUUAAGGACUUGUUUCACUGCAAACCGAAAGAGAUCCUCUAUGUCUGUGAAAGUGACUCCCUAAAGGAUUUUGUGACCCAACAAACCACCUACCAAGCUGAGACUCGGAAAACUUUCAUGCAAAGGAAGUUUCCAAAGAUUAAACACAUAGUGAUGGAUGAGACUGAGAAUUUCUGCAGCAAAUACGGCGAUUGGUACAUGAAAGCUAAGGACAUCACCCAUCCAAACCAUGGGAUUCUCUGGCUUUUUCUUGACCCUUUUCAAAUCCGUCACGCAGAGGUCAAUGGCCUUCCCCCUCCAUCUGCUCGGUUUCCUCGAAAAACAAUCACCAGAGGGAUCCACUGUGCUCUGGAAAUAGCAAAAGUCCUGAAAGAAGAAAUGAAGAGGAUCCAAGAAAAUCCUCCCUCCAACACGUGUCCAGACACAUUAGCACUGUUCAGGGAGGUUGCCUAUGAGGAAGCCAUGCGUGCCCAGGCUCUGCCUGGGGUGUGUGAGACAAAGACUAAUCUGACAAUGGAACAGAUAGCUCACUAUGUGGCAAGAAAAUGUCACAGCCUGUUCCAGUAUGGCUAUCUGCCCAAAGAUAUAGCGAUUCUGUGCAGGAGACGGGAGGACAGAGGGCACUAUAAGCGUGCACUGCUGAAAGCAAUGGAAUUAACUGAGACCCACAGAGCAUCAGAGGUUGUGUUUAGCCAGGCCACUGGUGUUUGUGGAAGUCACAUUGUUUUAGAUAGUAUUCAGCAAUUUUCGGGUCUGGAGAGGACUAUCGUAUUUGGGCUUAGUCCAGAAUGUGACCAGUCAGAGGAAUUUCAUAAGCUCUGCUUUGCCUCAAGAGCCAUUAAACACCUCUACCUGCUUUAUGAAAAGAGAGCAGUCUUCUGAAAAUUAUUACAAAUAAUACAGGAGGCAGGAAGAGCAGAGUCCUUUCUCCUAGACAGGUGGCAGUGAUUCCUUUUUAAUAUUACAAGUAAGGAAACCAAGACACAU